AUGCUAUGCAGUCACACUCGCAUCGAGCUUGAUCUGCUGAGUUGUUUUCUUGUGUCGAGCCGUGCUGCCCUGCGCAGAUGAUGUAGAAAAGAAGCUGAUCACCGGAAACAAUUUCAAAUAAGUCUGACUGUGCAAGCCGACAACAUGUGGUGGGCACUGCGCGCUGCCGUGGCCCUUGCCGUGCUGUGCGCGCCUGCUCAAGGGCGCCCUGCCUGCAACGACACGGUGCCGAUGACAAGCGCUUUAAACUACACGUCUAAUGUGACCGAUGUAGGGACUUACUGCAACAACAGUGUACCUCUCACCGCCAGCGAAUAUAUUUUUGUAUUUCUCGGUGUUCUGGCAUACAUUUGUAUUGCGUGUUGCGGGAUGUUUGUUGGGGACGGUGAGCAGCUGGACCGAACAGCUGAAGCCGCAGAUGUGCGGCGAACCCGGUCAGAGCCAAUGGGACUCGGUUUUUAUUAGUCGUUUGCAGUAGACUGCAGUGGACACGUUUGUGGACUCUUUGGACACGUUUGUGGACUCGUUGGACACGUUUGUGGACUCAUUGGACACGUUUGUGGACUCGUUGGACACGUUUGUGGACUCGUUGGACACGUUUGUGGACUCGUUGGACACGUUUGUGGACUCAUUGGACACGUUUGUGGACUCGUUCGACAAGUUUGUGGACUCAUUGGACAAGUUUGUGGACUCAUUGCACACGUUUGUGGACUCAUUGGACACGUUUGUGGACUCAUUGGACAAGUUUGUGGACUCGUUGGACAAGUUUGUGGACUAAUAGGACAAGCUUGUGGACUCAUUUGGCAAGUUUGUUGACUCGCUGGACGUUUGUGGACUUAUAUCUUACAUUGACUUUUAAAACAUCAUUUAGUCUCGCCCUGACAGUCACGCCGUAAAGAUCGUUUUCGUUCUUCCCGUGCCAAAAAAAAAAAUAAAAAAAAAAAAAUGCGGACUGAAAUUGUACAACUUCAAAGUGGGGGUGAAAAACUCCUUCUUGAUGGGCAAUCAUUUUAUCAUCGUUUACGCCGAAACAACAGAAGAUACUGGAAAUGUUCUGCGAGGCAAUGCUCAGCUACGGUUGUUACAACCAAUACCGAUAGACACAUUGAGGUUGAAAAAGAGACACCCCACAAUCACAAAGUGGAGCCGAGAGGUGAAUACGAGUCUGAGGGACGUGACAGCAGCCUGCGUCUCGAUGAGGAUGAAGAUGUGACUAGAGAGCCUUUGGACUUUAGCUCGGACGGAUCGGAUGGCACCGCUGAGACAACAGACGAAAGUGACGAUUCAGAAUGUGCAGAUGUUUUAUGGAUGGAGUGGGUGGAGGAAAGCAGUGAUGAUGAGACUAGUGAAGAGGAGGAUGCUGAUCACGCUUCGGACCAGAACAUGUCUAAUGGCAAUGAGUCGAAUGAUGAGGUGGAGACAGAUACUGAGGGGGAAGAGACUUGUGCCAAGAUGGACACUGAUGAUGAUAGUGAAACGGAUGCCGACGACGAUAGUGAUAGUACCAAUAGAGAAGAAGAUGAGUUUGAUCGGUCGAUUCGCAUUUUGAGUGAUCAUGAAAAAAU